AUGAGUUCCAACAACGAUGUCCCCACAACACCUGAAGGGUGGAAACAGUAUUCAGAAUCAAAUUCUCUGCCAACCAUACCUCAGAAAUCAAGUGUGGGAGUUAACGGAUUCAAAUAUGUUCAGCGAGACAUAUAUGUUGAUGUCCCAACUGUGCUUGCAUCUGCUGCGAGUGCUAGGCAAAUCAGUAUAUACGCAGAUGUACUUGCAUUCCCUUCACCAAACAUUGACAUCGCGGUUCCGAAGUUUGGGAUUAUCAAGUUUAUCACCCGGGUCGUAUCAGGAAGUGGACCGCUUCUCAUUACUCUUACCCCAGCGGCUAAUGAACAAUCUGCUUUCCUCAUUUAUGGGUCAACCUUUGACCAACCAAUCUCGUUCAAAAUCGGCUCCGAUUCCCCAGUCUCCCUAAAUCUUUCUCCAGAUUUGGGGAACCUCGGUGCAAAGAUUAUUCUCAAGAACGGUGUGGCGACUCUUACCUACUUGAGUAGAUAUGUCGACCUUUCCGUAUCCGACGUUGAGUUCAGCAAAUGUUUAUCGACUCAAAUUCGUAUUGCCUCGAUUCUAUUCUGGCUGAAACCAGCAAUUGCAUUGUCUUUGGCUUCUCAUGUAGCUAGAGCAACUGCUUCGUCGUUGACAGGCGCUCUUCUCAACCUUCAGGCGCAUGCUUUGGGACAACAAAUUUCGGCAUCAGCCCUGACUGGGCCCAACAUGAAUUACGCACCGAGUUUGUCGCUUGGACUAUAUAAGAUGGUCCUUGAUGGUGCUAUAGCAACAACACUUGCUUUUGAAACCCAGUACAAUCGUUUCUCGGAUCGCCAAGCUCAAAUUGCGGACCAAAAGUUGGCAUGGAAAGCCAUGCUUGACCAAGAAAAUGAUGCUGUCACUGUCCAGCAAACUCUCGUCAGCAAUGCUUUAGCCAGAUGGGAUAGCGCGACAGAUAUCUUGAACAACGCGGAAAACACUAUGCAAUUUCAUCAAAUUGUGCUUAAAGAGAAAGAGGUACUUUUCUCGUCAGGGAUCGAACAAUGGAAAUUGCGCCAGAUUGAGGGGGCGAUUUUUGACGUAUUCAGAGCCGUCAUUGGAUUUUCCAUCGCCAUUGGUGAGUUGGCUAUUGGAAACCCCACAGGCGCGGCUGCCGCACCAGCAGCGGCUGCCUCAGCAGUGACAACCAUUGCCAAAGCCGCAGCUGCAGGUGCAACGAAUGCAUUAAUUAAGCCCGACACACUCAAGGCUCUCAAAGGUGGCACCGAGGCAAUUUUCAAGUUAUGGGAUAGUACAAAUGCCAUAGUGACUGAAGUCCGGGCACAAUCUACCCGUGUGCCUUCAAGCAUCAAUUUGAAUCCCGCAGGAGGUGACGUCUCGGGCGACGAUCAGGGCAGUGCUGAUUUGACAUCUAUCGUAAGUCUCGCGGCAUGGGACGAUUGGAUGUUACAGGUAGACUCGCAGCUCAGCUUCGCCAUCGCGCAGAAGAUUGAAGGUGCCGGGGCGUACCAGCUUGAAUUGCGUCGACAUGCAAUAGAUGGGAAACUUCUUACACAGGCACGAGCUCAAGCCGUCAAACUUGGCCAGGAGUAUCUUCAAUUAUGGCUACAAUUGCAUGCUACGCAGGCCAAUGCAGCUCGUCUUCAACAGCUCUUCGACACGUAUCAGGACGAAGAAGAUAUUGCUCUUGAAGCACAAAGCUAUUUUUAUGAUAGACUUUUGAUGCUUCGUACUAGUAUUAUGAUCUACAUGAGAGAUGCUGUGUGGGCUUACAAAUACUACACGCUUAGUGACAGCUCGAUUACACUAGACCCCCUUAAAUCCACAUUGGCAUAUCAACAGGACUCGCAGAUGAUUGUACAGGAAGUCACUAUAAGCAAAGAAAGAUACUCGAGUGAUGUUACAAGUGAGUCAAAGUACCCAACUCGUGAAGAAUUCAAACUUAUUUGCGUUCAUUUAGCUUUUAUUCCUACCAUUUUGACAACUGAUCUACCACUGGAUUAUGCAACCAGUGUUGUGACCGCUCUCCAGUCAUCCUCCAAUUCUGUCGUCAUCACACUCUCGCCGAAUAUCGUGAAUAGAGAUCCCAGCUCACAGAAUCUUCCACCAAUCACCGGACCCUUCACUGACGGUUCUAUGUUCCGCGUCUCUGGUAUGCGCGCGUUUAUCCUUGGCGCCGUACCCCAUACAUACAAGAAUAAUACAGCUCUUGUGCGGCUCACCAUAUCCACAUCCGGCGUAUAUGCCGAUGUGCAGGGCGAUAAUGUGUAUGGCUUUACAAUAAAGGCCCUCAAUCGACCUUUUGAGUAUCUUAUGGCGCGUGACGGUACACCUAGUCUCCCGCCAAUCAAAGACUCAAUUAUCAAAAGUCAGGACUAUGUCGAUCCUACCCCAUUUGCGCAGUGGACAGUGAAGAUACUCAAUCCACAGGACUUUGAUUUGACGGGCUUGACAGGCUUGAAGUUGUAUUGGGAGGGUAGUGCACGUUUUAAUGUUCAUUAG